AUGAAUCAGAAUGAAGGCGAUGCCCUUGUAGAUUCCUUCAAUGCAAAGUUAGAAUCUUUGUCUUCUCUUUCAAACCAAUCUUGUAUCUACAAAGUACCUAAUAAGCUCCGUAGGCUAAAUCCUGAUGCAUAUUCGCCUCGUCUCGUGUCCUUUGGCCCGUUUCAUCGAGGAAAAGAAGAGCUUCAAGCCAUGGAAGAGCAUAAAUACAGGUACUUGCAUAGCUUUCUCCCUAGAACAAUCUUUAGUUUACAAGAUCUUGUCAGAGUUGCAAGAACGUGGGAAGAGAAUACUCGGAACUGUUACGCUGAAUAUGUGAGACUUAACGUCGAUGAGUUUGUGGAGAUGUUAGUUUUAGAUGCAAGCUUCUUGGUUGAGCUUCUUCUGAGUUUUGCUGAUGGAGUACUCAAGAUUCCUACCAUUAUCAUCGACGACCUCACUGAAUAUCUCUACAGAGACAUAAUUGUGUUUGAACACUGUCAUUGCUCAAACAAGAACUUCCUCCACUACACAAGGUUGCUCAGUUGCUUCAUCAAAUCCCCUGCAGAUGCUGACUUACUCAUCCGCAAUGGGAUCCUCGUGAACGAUCUCGGGAAUGCAAAAGAUGUUUCGAAGCUGUUCAAUAGCAUUUGCAAAGAGGUGAUAUACGAUCUCGGGAAUGCAAAAGAUGUUUCGAAGCUGUUCAAUAGCAUUUGCAAAGAGGUGAUAUACGAUCUCGGGAAUGCAAAAGAUGUUUCGAAGCUUUUCAAUAGCAUUUGCAAAGAGGUGAUAUUUGGUAGAAGGUUUUACUUUCUGAGACUCUGUUUAUCUAUAUAUUUAAUUAUUUAUUACAGACAAUACGAAGAGAUUUGUGCACCGCGGUUGGAGGAGUUUUGCUUCAUGAUGAUCAAUGGUACAUGGGACUGGAUCAUGGAGACAGAUCAGCCGUCGAUCUGCUAA